GGCAGGAAGGCGGAGUCCGCCGGGAAAACGAAACCGAGAGCGAGCCGCCCGGGCUGGUCGGGCUUCGCCGACAGCAGCGUGGCUGGUGAGCGGCGAGGGGCCUCCAUCCGGCAGCCAGCGCGGCGCGCCCCAGCCUCCUCCGCAGCCCGGGACUGGACGCAGGAAAGAGGUCCCUGACGUCUGCGCAGCCGCAUCCCGAGCGCUGUCCGAGGCCCGCAGCCGAGGUGCGGGGCCUUUCCCGGAUCUAGAGAAAGGAUCCUGCAGCGCGGUGAGAACUAAAAGCCAUUUUCUUCCCGCGAAGAAUUUUUAACGGAGCAGUGAAAUGGGGGUAUGGACUUGAUUUGUCUUGUUCACAUCUGUACACCGAGUGGCAGAGCAGUGUCUGACACUUGCUAAGCAUUUAUUGCCUAAAUGAAGAAAGGAUGCAUGGGAAACAGAUGACAAAAAAGGAGAGGCGAGGAGGAUUAAGUGGAUUUACUGGAGGAAGAAAUGGCCAGUGGACGUUCACCAUGUUUCUACAUAGAAGAACUUAAUAAAUACCAACAAAGGAACAAUGCAGUACUUAGGUAUUGUGAACUGUCUAGGACAGGACCUCCACAUAACUCAAGGUUUACAUAUCAAGUUAUAAUAGAUGAAAAGGAAUUUCCAAAAGCUGAAGGUAGAUCAAAGAAGGAAGCCAAAAAUGCUGCAGCCAGAUUAGCUUUUGAAAUAAUUAACAAAGAACACAAGACAAUUAAUCCUUCAUCAACAAAUCGUUCAGAAGGACCACCCAUCGAGAAUUACAUAGGCCGUGUUAAUACAAUUGCCCAGAAGAAUAACCUAUCUGUAAAUUAUGAAGAAUGUGAGUCGAGGGAAGAUGGGCCCGAAAGAUUUCAUUAUAAAUGCAAAAUUGGACAAAACGAAUAUGGUAUUGGUGUAGGUUCCACUAAACAGGAUGCAAAACAAUUGGCUGCUAAACUGGCUUAUGAUCAGAUACAAUCAGAAGGCCUAAUGAAAGCUGAUUCGCCAUCCUCUGGUUCUUUCCAUACUCUGCCUGGUGACACCAAAAGCAGCUCUUCGGCAACAAGCACAUCACCUUCAGAAUCAACAUCUGAAGAUGGAUCUGAAAGAAACGAUAACAGUGACAGAGUAAACCGUUCUUUCCUAUCUCCAUUGAACCAUUUCAGAAAUAAUUCCAGGAAGGUGCAAAGAUUCUUGGCACCUACAUUUGACUCUCCUGUGAAAAAGGAAGAAAACCAAUAUAGUGUGGACUCCAGGUUUGUCAGCGAUUUUACAGAAGUAGAACCAAUUGGCUCAGGUGGAUUUGGCCAAGUUUUCAAAGCAAAACACAGAAUUGAUAAGAAGACGUAUGUUAUUAAACGUGUUAAAUAUGAUAGCGAGAAGGUAGAGCGUGAAGUGAAAGCUUUGGCAACACUUAAUCACGUAAAUAUUGUUCACUACCACAGUUGUUGGGAUGGCUAUGAUUAUGAUCCUGAGAAAAGCAUAAAUACUUCAAGAUCAAAGACUAGGUGCCUUUUCAUCCAAAUGGAAUACUGUGAUAAAGGGACAUUGGAGCAAUGGAUUGACAGUAGAAGAGGCAAGAAACCAAACAAACGUUUGGCUUUGGAAUUCUUUGAAAAAAUAACAGCAGGAGUGCACUAUAUACAUUCAAAUCAGUUAAUUCAUAGAGACCUUAAGCCGAGUAACAUAUUUUUAGUAGAUACAAACCAAAUAAAGAUUGGAGACUUUGGACUUGUAACAUCCCUGAAAAAUGAUAACAUGCGGACAACUGAAAAGGGAACUAAGCGAUACAUGAGCCCAGAACAGGAUUCUUCAGAAGACUAUGGAAAUGAAGUGGAUAUCUUUCCUUUGGGGCUAAUUCUUGCAGAACUUCUUUAUAUAUGUCCCACUUUUUUGGAAACAGUGAAGAUGUUUGAAAACCUAAGAGAUGGCAUUUUCUUAGACGUAUUUGACAACAAAGAAAAAGAUCUUCUACAGAAAUUACUCUCAAAAGAACCCAAGAAACGACCUGACACAUCCGAAAUACUGAAGACUUUGAAGGAGUGGAAUAAUGUUACAGAGGAAAAGAAACGAAACACGUAUUAGAUGCUUAAAAAGUAUCCUGCUUCUGGCUUUGAUCCUGUAACUAUCAAAAAUCUGCUAGGGAAUAUUGUUGGCAUUUACCUUCUAUUUUCAUCUUCCCUUAAUUUCUUGCCACAUUUGCAGAAAGGUUUCCAUUUUUUUCUUAUUUCUAAAACAUUCUUACGUUUGACUUUUUCCUGGUUCAUCUCCUUAUUGUGGAGAUGGGGAAGAGAAAAAACAAAUCCCUCAAAUUUUCUUUUUCAAAUCAAUUAGUGGAUCAAUUAAUUAAUAAAUUUUUAUUAAAUGCCUACUGUUUCUAGGCCAAAAAAUAUAAGAUCUAUCCCUGUCUUAAAUAGCUAACAAUCCAGUUGGAGAAGUAUGGGUAACAUGAAAAGACAAGUGAAAAAGAUAAAUACAGUCACUUUGGAAAACAACUUGUUAUCAUCUGGCAAAGUUAAGUGUAUAUAGCCAUCCCUGAAAAGCCAUCAUUUCCAUUUCUACAUACAUGCCUACAAGAAUGUUCAUAGAAACCCCAUUUACAAUAGCCAAAAGAACAGGAAACAAUGCUAAUGUGCAUCACAAGAAGAAUGGAUACAUAAAUUGGAUUGUAUUCACACACUGGAAUACAAUGUAACAGUGAAAAUGAAUAAGUUACAGCUAAAUGUAUUAACAUGCCACAUCUCUCAGGAGCAUAACGUCAAGCAAAGCAGGAUACGGAAAAUACAUACAGAAUGAAUCCAUCCAUGUAAAGUUCAAGGACAUGCUAAAUGAAGUAAGUUUGUUUAGGUAUCCAAACAAAUGUGGUAAAACAAUAAAGGGAAGGAAAGGAAUGAGAACUAUUACUAGAUUCUGAUAGUGGCUGUCUCUGAGGAGGGACGGGAGUGAUGUGAUUGGAGAAAUGGACUUCAGAGGUAACAGUUAACUUUCUUCCCUUAAACUGGAUGUUGAGUCCACUAGUGUUUACUACAUAAUUAUUCUAUUUAUCUUAAAUACAUUUUAUACCUAUUGUAACAACACUUUAAAGAGAUGAUAAUCGUGCCGUAAGGCAGUAGCUGAGCACAGAAAACAGUCCAUCUGAAGGGACGAGAUCACUCUCUACUGAGGUAUAGUGGCACAGGGCUUAGAAGUCAUGCUCCGGGGAGACUUUCAAGUGUAUGAAAGAUUUAGGUGACUAGAGAGGAGACCAUGUGGGCAGUGUGGGCAAAAGGCAUUCGAGAAAAGAUAUAUUUGAGGAACACUGAGCAUCCUAGUUUGUUUCCCUGAAUUGCUGUAGGGAAUGCUGGAAGGUAAUUUGGGCAGUAUCUGAGGGUUACUUUAAACUUUAUAGCAACCAACUACCAUUCUAAAAUUGUCGUGUAAUCCUACAGUUUUUAAAAUGAGCCAAAUUUAGGCUUAGCAGAAAAAUCACAGUAAUAGAAGAUACUUUUGUAAAGGCUUAUAGCAAUUUCUAAAAAGUGUUACUAAAAGCAAUUAAUACAGUUUUCAACUUCUGGUGCAGUAUUUGAUUAAGACAAGGUUCAUCAAUUGUUGCUAAAACUGUUGGUUGAAAAAGUGUUGAAAAACAGGGGCUUUAGACGGAUUAAAAUAUAAUCCCACAGAUGAUAUUACGAAAGGAAAGAUGUAUCUUUAAAAUGGAAAGAGCUCAUCUCCACAAUAACCAAGUGAUUAAAUUUAGCAUCGCUGAAAGUGGGAUGACCCGACAUCAUGCCCCUCCUAAUGUGAUGCAAGGGUUAUGCACUGUCACCUAUUCAGUUUUCUUGCCCAAAGUGUUUAACUGAAAUUUAAUCAUGAGGAAAUUAUUAGACAAAUUCUGAAUGAAGUCAUUUGAUAAGGUAAUUAACUUGGGCUUCUCAAAAAGUCAAUAUCAUGGAAAAGAAAUGUAGGUGAACUCUUCUAAAUGGAAAGAGACUUGAGAGAUAUAAUGACCAAAUGCGGUGCUUGAAUCUUGAAUGUAUCCUGGCUAUAUUAAAAAAGAAAAAGUCAGAAAAUAGCUGUAACACGCAUAAAGACUUUUUUUUUGAGACAAUUGAGAACAUUUGAAUAUAAACUGCAUAUUAAAUGACAUUAUAGAAUAAUUCUUAAUUUUCCUAGGUGUGAUAAUGAUAUUGUGGUCAUCCUGGAAAAUGUCUUAUUAGGCAAUGUGUUCAGAAAUAUUUAGGGGUGAAGUGGUGUGACAUUUGCAACUUCCAAAUGUUCACUGAAAAUCAAUUUUUAUGUAUAUCUGUGUGUGUGUGUAUAUAUAUAUAGAGAGAGAGAGUGAGAAAGAAAAUGUGACAAAAUGUUAACAAUUGAAAAAUUGAUAAAUUUCAGUGGAGGAUAUGGAAGUGUUUCUUGUAUUAUUCUUGGAGUUUUCUGUAGGUUUGAAAUUUUUCUGGGUGGAGAGAAAUCUUUUAAAAAAAAUCUAGUAGUAUCUGGAUUUUAAUGAAUAAGUCUAAAUUCAAAAGAAAAACUAAUGAAUGUGGCAAGUUAGUGUGAAUGUGGCCUUAUUUUUACCUUUUCUCUUUUUUUAAUUGAAGUAUAGUUGAUUUACAAUAUUAUAUUAGUUUCAGGUGUCCGACAGUCAAUAUUUUUGUACAUCCUUCUCUCGCUUUAAUAUUUCUACUACUAUGAAGCAAAUAUAGCAUCCUUAGGAAGCUUUUGUUUAUUUGUGAGUAUAUAUUUUCUCUGCCUCAAAACUGUAGUAAAUAGAAAGUAUCCUCUUAAACAGAGGAUGUGCAGAGGUUUUGAAAGAGCUAUUUUGACCUAGUUGCUUCACUAGGAACAGAACUUCUAGGAAAUUUUCAUCACUAAUUACACAUACACUAUUAAAUAUACACAUACUUAACAUAAAUACAUAUAUAUGUAAUACACUCAGCACAUAUAUAUAUGUUAUUGUGUUAGGUAUAUUUAGCAUAUAUACAUAAAUAAGUGUGUGUGUGUUUGUAUGGCCAGCUACAUAAUUUGUGAGGCCCUUGUUCAAAAAUUAACGUUGGGGGAAGGGUAUAGCUCAGUGGUAGAGUGUGCUAGUUUAGCAUGCAUGAGGUCCUGGGUUCAAUCCCCAGUAGCUCCAUUAAAAUAAAUAAACCUAAUUACCUCCCCCGCCCACAGUAAACCAAUAAAUAAAUAAAUAAAACAUUAAAGUUUUUUUAAAAUUUAAUGUGGAGGUGGGGGUAUAGCUCAAGUGGUAGAGUGCAUGCUUAGCAUGCACAAGGUCCUGAGUUCAAUUCCCAGUACCUCUAUUUAAAAAAAAAAAAGUUAAAUAAAUAAACCUAAUUACCCCCUCCCCAAAACAAACAAAACAAAAAAAUACGUGGGUCCUCAUACAACCACACAGGUUGCAUGUUCAUGAGGUUAGAUGUGUAUGAAAUGUUUAGAAGACUAAAUACGAGCUUUUCCAAGACUCCAUUUAUCCAGUCUAUGUUCUUGAGAGAUGAACUCGUAACAUCAAUUUCCCACAACUUCCUACACGUUCACCACAACUUAAAGUUCUUAGCAUGUUAACUUUUCAUUAUGAAAUAUGGCAUAAUUCCAACAUUAUUUAUUUUCAGACGUUUUUAUCUUAAAACAUACACAGAAACAGAAACUCGAAUAAUGAAACUGUGUACCGAUGACCCGGCUUCAACAACGAUCAAUUUUCUGCCUUUCUCAUUCUAUUUAACCUUUCCUUUUUUAAAAUAUCUUUUGCUGGAGGAUUUUAAAGCAAAUCUCAGGCAUCGUAUCAUUUCACUUGUAAAUUCUUAAAAAUGUAUUUUUAAUAGGUAAGAUCUUUUUAAUUUUAACCAAACCAUGAUAUCAUUGUCACUGAACAAAAUUAGUAAGAUUUUAUUAAUUAUCAUACACUAAUCAGUCUGUAUUCCAUUUUCCUGUCUCAAAAAUGUCUUUCUGCAGGUUGUUUACAUCAGGAUCCAACAUUGCAUUUAGUCGGUAUGUCUCUUUUACUUUAUAACAUUCAGCCCAUUUUAAUUUCUUUCCUCUUGCUAUUUAUUUGAGGAAGGAACUAGAUCAUAUAUCCUAUAGAAUUUCCUUCACUCAGGAUUUUAGCUGAUAGUAUCCCCAUGGUGUCUAGUUAGAUCUAGAAACAUGAUUUGAUUCUGCCCCCCCAAUUUUUUCCAAGAAUACGCCAUAGGUGAUUCUUUUGCCUCACUUCAGGAGGAACGUGAUGUCUAGUUGUUCUACUUUUGGGGAUUUUAAAUUUGAUUGGUAGUUUGUGGUGGUGUCACUCUUCCUUAUCAACCUUUCACCUAAUGGUUAGCAGCCAUUGAUGAUUAUUGCCUGGAGCCAUUAUUUCAUUAGGGGUUGCAAAAUAUUGAUUUUUUUUUUUUGAUUCUAUCAAACCUCUUGCAUUUAUCAUCUGUGAUUCUUCUAUAAAGAAGAACUUUCUCUAAAGCUGAAUGAGAAAGGUGGGAUAAAUAUUUCUUAUAUUUCUUUUAUUUAUUUUUUAUUCUUUUGGCAGGGGAGGUAACUAAGUUUUUAUUUAGUUAUUUUAAUGGAGGUACUGGGGAUUGAACCCAGGACCUCAUGCAUGCUAAGCAUGCACUCUACCACUGAGCUAUACCCUCCCCUCAAUGUUUCUUAAUUUUUAGGAUGAGCUGGCAUCCCAGCAACCUCCAAAGUGAUGAAGCGGGCUUUGUUUUUUUGGCAGGGGCAGGCCCUAACCUACACUUUGAAAUAGUGCAUUUAGAGUGGGCUGGAGCAGGAAAAGACUAUAUUUCUGAGGCUGAGAGGCUGAGAAGGCCUUGUCAGUGGGAGGGGAGAGAACCAAGAGGAACUGGCAACUAAUUGGAUGUGAGGAUUUAGGGAAAAGCAUCCCAGAUAACCUCCAGGUUUGUUUGAUGGUGAGAGCCAGGAAUAUGCCAUUAAAGGAGGUACAAGUCUCAAUCAAAUUAACCCCUUUAAAGAACCAUAUGUAUUUGAGAGAGAUUUUGUCUCACACUGUUAUCUAUUACACAGUUUUUAGUUAGGAUUUCGGCCAAUGGUGGGGCCCCUGUUCACAUGUCAGCAGCGUGAGAUGAAGCACAUCUGAGUGGGAAAACGCUGGAUCUCAUUUGGAGAUGCCGCGUUUGAGGUGCUGCCACAUGUUUGGGGGAGGACAUAGAGCAACCUCUGGGAAAUGCAGGAGAGGCACUUGAUAGAAAGGAUGAGCUGGACUCAUACACAGAGGAGAUGUGUAUGUUUUCUGGAAGUAACCCCUGAUGCUUAACUUUGAAUCCAAGGGAUUGCCAAGGGGGAGGUUACACAGAGGAAAGAGGGCUCAGAAACAGAAGCAUGGGAGACACCUCCAUUUAGAUAUUCACUCUUUACAUCUAAAUGUCAGUCCUCCCUAAUGUCUGUGAUUCGAUGUCUGGGACUGUGACCUAUACCUAUCCUGCACUUUCUCAGAAGGGUCACCGAGGAAGGGACUGCAGGGGAUAGAUGGCCUGCCCUCUGACUAAAAACUGUGUAAUAGGUAAAACUCUGAGGCAAAUCAAAUAUCUCUCAAAUAUGUGUGGUGACUGAGGGGUCAAUUGGAUUGAGACCUGUAUUUGUUUCCUGUGGCUGCUGUAACCAGUUCCAAAAUUGGUGGCUGACCUGUCCCCAUGGGAUCCUGUGCAAGUCACUAACCCUAUCGGGCCUCAUUUUUCCUCUCUUGCGAAAAGGGACCCUAAUUCCUACUCAAGACUGUUUUCAGGAUAAAACAAAAUAACACAAACCUUACACAACCAGAAAACAAAACAAAACAAAAUUGGUGGGUGAAAACCACCCACUUUUAUUUUCUUACAGUUUGGGAGGCCAGAAGUCUGAAAAAGGGCUCCCUGGGCUCAAGUCAGGUGUUUGCAGGGUUGUGCUCCUCUGGGGGCCCCGUUGUGCAUCCCAUGUUCAGUGUUACCUGAAUAAGCCCCAGCCACACAGGUCUGCUCAGGCUUAACUGAAUAGGCUUUUUCGCUCCAUGGCUCUCUGCUAUGGUUUCUGCCUGAAAUUCCCUUCAACCUACUUUUUUUUUUUUUUUAAAUAACAGCUUUAUUAAGACAUAAUUCACAUACCAUAAAGUUCAACCCAUUUAAAGUAUACAUUUGCUGGUGUUUAGUAUAUUCAGAGCUGUACAACCAUCACCACAAUCAUUUUUUUAAGAAAAAAAUAUGGCUUUAAUAACAAUAAAGACAUGAUAAAAUAGCCCAUAUAAGUACUAGAUAAAAUGAUAGAGUAGGAAUAUGGAUGGAUAACAAAAUAAAAACCACUAUUGGAAUAAAUAAUAACAGAUUAGACUUACAUAUAAAUUUUAAAAGUAGGAAAUAUCCAAAAUUAAAUUAUGAAUAAUACCAAAAUCAACUGGGGAGAAAAUGAGGAAGUCUGGUAUUUUCACGAAUGUGCUUCACCACAGUCAAUUUUAUAACAUUUUUCUCACCCCAGAAAGAAACCCCGUACCAAUUAGCAGCCAUUCCUUAUCUUCCCCCAACUUGAGGCAACCACUAAUCUACUUUCUAUCUUUUCUAUCUGGACAUUUUAUUUAAAUGGAAUCAUACAAUAUGUGGUCUUUUUCACUUAGUAUGUUUUCAAGUUUCAUCUGUGGUACAACAUGGAUCAGAAAUUCCUUUCCCUUUUAUUGCCAAAUAAUAUUCAUGUAUGGAUAUAUCACAUUUAAUUCACCUCUUCAUUGGCUGAUGGACAUUGGGGUUUCUACUUCCUGGCUAUUAUGAAUAAUACUGCUUUGAAUAUUCGUAUACAAAUUUUAUGUGAACAUAUGUUUCCAUUUCUCUUGGGUAUAUACCUAGGAGUAGAAACACUGGUCAUAUUAUAGCUCCUUCCUUGUAACUCUGCAUAGCAAAGUUAUGUUCAGAGCUCACAUUCAGUGCUGUUACCAUAGUGUUCCACCAUCUCCCACUUGGAAUGAAACUUCUCCCUAGUAUUCCCGUUGUGUAUUACCUCAGUAUUGUACUUACCAGUUUGCCUUGGAGCUCAGUUAUUCCUGCACAGGUGUUUCCCUCCUUGUGAAUUUCUGGAACGCAGGGACAGGCUCUCUCAUUUUGAUUUACCCCAGGGCAACAAGUGUGUUACCCUGCAUAAAGCAGGAACUCUUUUGAAUUAGUGGGGAAUAAAAGUGUUAAGAAUUUCAUAUGCUUGAUCCUAUAAAAUGUGUCUAAUACUAAAUAAUAAUUAUGUUCACUGUAAAAUUUCAACAAUCAAAUGUUGGUAAAUAACAGUUGGAGUAAAGGUGGGUAAGGUAGAUCAAUUUUGUAUGUUAAAGUCUAUUUAUUUUGAACUUUAGAAGCUCCAGUAUUUUGGCUUCAUAAUUGGAAAAUGAACUAUUAUAGAAAUUCUGGAUAGGACUUUGAGAAUAAACAUAGUACAAUAUAAACAAAAUUAAAUGAUGACAUGUUAAAAUUUACUUUACAUUUCAAAUGUCACAUAUGUUCAAAAGCAAAUUUAAAAAUUCUUUUUUUUAAUAAAAAUUCUUUUCAA